AGAAAAGAAGAGCAACGCCUCCACCUCCAUCCCUCACUUUCUAUUGGCAUCCAAGCAUAAUAUUGCCUGCAACUGCGCUAGUGCAAGAAAGUUUUUCGAAACUCUUCUAGGAAAAAUGUUGGAUAGGUAAAGGUUGAACGGUUCUUUCACGUUUUCUACGCCUAUUUCUUAACAUCUUCAAGUUGUCCACGACGAGUUCUUCUGCGUAUUGUUUGCAAGAUUGCCACAAGUUGUGCUAAAAUUGCCGUUUGUGAGGUUAGAAAUGGAUAAGAGAUUGAAGAAGGCUGCUGAGGAUGGAGAUGUCGACACGCUGUAUGCCUUACUCGCUCAGGAUCCAUAACUUUUGGAUCGAAUUGAUCAGAUUCCAAUUGUCGAGACUCCAUUACAUGUUGCUGCAAGCUUUGGGAGGACUCAUUUUGCUUUGGAAAUUGCUACCUUGAAGCCUUCGCUUGCACUGAAGCUGAACCAUAUUGGCCUUAGCCCUAUGCAUCUGGCACUACGAAACGGGUAUAUCCACACGGCAAGAGGGCUUAUAACGGUUGACCCCGAGCUAAUUCGGGUAAAAGGAAGGGAGAGGAUUACUCCUUUGCAUUAUGUAGCUGGAACAGAACAAGUCGAUCUCUUGGCUGAAUUUUUAUCGGUUUGUCCAGGGUCCAUUGAGGAUUUGACCGUUCGAUGUGAGACUGCCGUUCAUGUUGCUGUGAAAAAUCACAAGUCUAGAGCUGUUAAAGUCCUGGUUGGUUGGCUUCAGCGGGUCAACAAGGAAGAGAUUCUAAACUGGAAGGAUGAGGAUGGUAACACUGUCUUGCAUAUUGCAACCUCCACAAAUCAACCAAAGGUCAUGAAGUCAAUUAUUAGACAUGUCAAUGUGAAUGCAAAGAACCUCCAAGAUUCGACAGCUAUGGACAUCUGCCUUCAAGAAGAAUUACAGCAGAAUGAAGUUGGGGAUAUUCUUCGCCAUGCCAAAGCUAAGCGAGCUUCAUCUCUUGCUACCUUUACUAUAACCCUUGCGGAUUACCUGAGUCAGGAACCAUCGCUUCUUGAGAAAAGGGACAAGCACCUACGACUCAAAGGCCAAAACCAAAGGAAAUCCCGCGGCAACAUUGGAAAUGUAAUACUUGUGGUGGCCAUAUUGAUUGCAACAGCAACUUACCAAUCUGGUCUCAGCCCUCCUGGUGGAUAUUGGCAAGAUGACUACGAUCCUCCAGCCAACAACACCAACAACCUCUCUGCCACCUACCUGGGGAAAGAAGGGCGACCACAUCGAGCAGGAGACAUGAUCAUGGCCCCAGCGUCGAUCUUUGUCUUCUUCACUCUUAAUAGUAUAGCCUUUUAUGCAUCCGUUUCCACAAUUCUUAUAAUCAUAAUGGGGCUUCCUUACUCAACCACAUUAUACGUUUCUGCAUGUUUCUUCUUGUUAGCUUACUCGACUUCAUUGGCUAACAACUUCCCUUAUCCGCCACAGGAAAAUUUGACAAACACAGUUGCUGGUAUUAUAUAUGCGCAUGUAACUUACUUGUUCACAGGAAUGAUUAUUUUGAUCACUUUGGUGGCACUUCUUCGGCAUAAGAGGCUGAAAUGGAGGGUAGAUUUUCUGGGAAGAAAUCUGGGUGAUGCUUUAUAAAGGUGAUGUGAACAGAGUGCCCAAUUUCGUCAAUAGAUUUUACCCCUACCAUGAGGCUGCAAGUGAAGUCAACAGUAAAUUUGAUUUUACUGCUAGGAUUGUAACCUUUCAAUAAUUUUGCGUUGACUCAAUAUGGUAGGAGUAUAUAAACAAUACAAUAGUAACAAUUUUAAAAUUUUAUUUUUUUAAGAUUCAAUAUUUCAGAUUAUCAAACAACACCCAGACAAUUGCAUGUGUGAUAUAUUUAACUCUAUAUGUGUGCAUGUAAUAAGAAUUCAUUUUCUAUUUCAAGCUGGCAUUAUUUCAUAAUGCUUUCUAAAUUACAAAGACAAACUACAAUGAUUUUGAUAUUUAAGUUCAUAAUUUUGUAAUUAUAUAUGUUUCUUACCCACAUAUAUUAUAUACAUAAAUUAAAUUAUUGUUAUGUAUAACAUGAAAAAUAAUUGUAGGAUCGUUACAAAGAUUAAUAACAAGUUUAAAAAUUUAUAAAUGAACUUGGCAUUUCAAUUGUGUGUCUAUGUGCAUAGAUAUAAAUGUAUAUUGUGACUGUUUGUUUGAAAAUUAUUGGGAAAAAUAUACCAAUACUGACCAAAGAUGCACGUUAACGGCUACCAUAUCUUAUUCGGUGGAAUCUUCCUCCUGAUUGAUUAGCAUGGAUCCCUUGCUUUCAUUGCUGUAGGUCAUUAUUUUAUUAGUUUACUGAAUUUCUAUUAACAAAGGGAGAAGUUUACCUCUAUGUUUCCUCAAAUAUAAAAGUCACAUAAGUAUAUUUAAAGUCCUCUAUAUAUGAAGAAUUUGCACCGAAGUCUUCAUUAAUCUACGGAGAAAAGUCUGUCUAUAUGGAUGAUCGCUUGAUUGAGGCCUCUCAACAAGGAGAUAUAGAUGUCUUGUAUGAAUUAAUCCGGGAAGACGCCCAUGUCUUAAGGCGCAUCGAUGAAAUUGUGUUUGUAGAUACGCCUUUACACAUUGCAGCUUCCUCCGGGCAUGCCAGUUUCGUGAUGGAGAUGAUGAACUUGAUGCCAUCGUUUUCCCAGAAGCUAAACAAGUCUGGCCUUAGCCCCAUGCACCUUGCUAUGCUAAAUGGGAAUUUGGAGUUAGUACUCUCAUUUCUAGAACUUGAUUGUGAUCUUGUUCGUGUCAAAGGAAGGGGAGGCUUAACUCCUUUGCAUUUAGCUGUCAAGUAUGGAAACAUCGAUCUCUUGGCUAGUUUUCUAGUAGCUUGCCCCAAGUCGAUCGAAGAUUUGAGUGUCCAUGGUGAAACUGCUUUGCAUAUUGCUGUUAAAUACAAUAUGUUGGAAGCUCUUGCAGUUUUGGUAGGAUGGCUUCAAAGAGUCUGUCAUGAAGAUGCCUUAAAAUGGAGGGUGAAGAUCCCCAACAGGAAGGAUGAUCAAGGCAAAACGGUAUUGGACAUUGCAGCAUCCAAUAAUCAACUCGAGUUCAUUAAGUUGUUGUCUGAAAUAAAUGCCCAGAAUUCUAAGGGCCGGCGUCUAACAGCUUCGAGCACAAUCCAACAUAAAGUCAAAUUGUUUUGGAGAAGGAUGGCUAAGAAAAUGCGAUAUUGCGGCAGAAAUAGAGAUCUUUUGAAGGCUUCAUCACCUGAAUCUCGUAAAACUCUCACAAAUUACUUAAGGUCAAAGACAUCAUUUGAUGAAAAGUUGGCGGUUUUCAUUACUCGUCACAAGCUGAAGAUCUCCGAUGAUGCACGCAGUGCGUUGCUAGUGGUUGUUGGGCUGCUUGUCGCAGCGACCUUCCCGGCCAUAUUCAGUCCCCCUGGUAGUGUUCGGCAGGGUGACAACGAGAACCCAAGUACUGUUACUGUUACGAACAGCACCGCUUCAGGGAGACCACCGCUUGCAGGGACGGUUGUCAUGGACUCAGGGACGUUCCUUUAUUUUUCGAUGUAUAACAGCGGUGUCCUCCAUGCUGCAGUCUGUUUAACUGGUCUUCUCCUCCCAGAUGGCUUUCUUGGGGCGAUUUCGAUGAUCCUACUUCUCGUCUUGUUAUCCUGCUACGAUGUGUCAAUACAAAUUAUAUCACCAGAUGAUGGGGUCGUCAGAAUGGUUGAUUCCUUGCUUUUGACCUCCAUGUACAUGACCGUGGUUUUCGUCCUGGCGAUGCACGAGGGAGGAAAGCGAAAACUUAGGCGACUUUGCUACGGUACAGACUAGUGCCAACCAGAAACGAACAUAUCCGCAUGAUGUGAAUGUUGUAAGAACCAAGAAAUUUGAGAGGUAUUUCUAGUGUAUUGUAGUUGUUGACUGAGUCAGGUAUCAGCCAACCCACUCUCGAUUUCAAAGCCAAAUGAAAUACUAUACAACUUCAACAACCCUGAUCAAUUUAUCAAAUCUUAAAGUAUUGCAUUAUAUUAAAUUAUAUUACGUAUAAAACGGUAUUUGACAUUGUAAAUUAUCAUUUGUUUCAUUACUUCACACAAAAACAUGUAAA